GAAUUAGUCAGAAUUAAUAGAGUCUUAGCUAUAAAACAUGAACGAAUUGAGACUGACAAAGACAAAAAGAAAUUCAAUGAAGCAAAUAGUUGUUGGAUAUGUAAAGAAAAAUUUAUUAUUGAUAGAGAUAAAGUCAAAUGCUUAGAAAAUAAGAUAUCAUGGCUUAAUAAAAAGUUAGAAGAUACCUUAGAGAAUUCAGAAGAUUAUAAGACUUUAAGAAAACAAAUUGACAAAAUAACUAAAGAUAUUAAUAAAGCAAAGUCUAUGAACAUAAAGGUUUGGGACCACUGCCAUAUUACAGGUAAGUUUCGAGAAGCUGCCCACAAUACCUGUAAUCUUGAGCUUCAGAUCAUAGCAUGGAAGACGCCAAUUCCAGUUGUCUUUCAUAAUUUCCGGGGCUAUGACUCUCACUUAGUUUGUGAAUCUGUUGGAAAAUCUGUUAAUGCACAUCAGAUCAAGGUUAUAGCUGAGACAUUUGAGCGUUAUAAAUCUAUGAAGGUAGGUCAGCUUAAAUAUAUAGAUAGUAAGCAAUUCAUGAAUAAUAGCUUAGCAAAUCUUACGAAGAAUUUGGGUGACAACCACCCUAUCACAAGCCAGCACUUUAAAGACUAUUCUUCAGAUCAAAUUUCACUAGCAAGUCAUAAAGGAGUUCAUCCUUAUGAGUAUUUCGAUUCACAAGAUAGAUUUUUAGAGACUGAGCUUCCGCCAAUUCAUGAAUUUAGUACACAUCUUCAUGGCAAAAUUAGUCAAAAAGAUUAUGAGCAUGCACAAAAAGUAUGGAAAGAAUUUAACUGCCAAAAUCUAGGAGAGUACCAUGACCUCUAUCUUAAAAUUGAUGUACUUAGUCUAGCAGAUAUUUGGACCCAAUUUCGAAAGACAUGCAUGCAAUAUUAUGAACUUGAUCCUAGUCAUUACAUCUCUGCACCAGCUUUAGCUUGGGAUGCCAUGCUUAAAAUGACAGGAGUUAAAAUUGAGCUCUUUACAGAUAUGGCUAUGCAUGAUUUUAUAGAAAAAGCUAAGCGUGGAGGUAUAGCUAUGGCAGGUCAUCGAUAUUUCAAGGCCAAUAAUCCAAAAAUAGGCAAGGCAUUUAAUCCAUCCAAGCCUACAACAUGGAUUUUAUAUGUCGAUGCAAAUAAUCUUUAUGGCUGGGCUAUGAGUCAGUAUUUGCCUAUUGGAAAUUAUCAAUGGGAAGGAAGACAAGGACAUUUUAAAAAUGAUCCAACCUUCUAA